AUGUGUUUUUGGUGGCGUCAUCAGCUUCUUUGUGAUGAUAUAGAAAACCUGGGACCUUUUUCGUCGACACUACAGGAGCUGAAGAAAGUUGCUUUUGAUGAUGACGAUGAUGAUACCGUUCGCUAUGAAGCACUCCUGCAGUACCAGGCUCAUCCAUUUUCAGCCUUAGAUAGCAUCGGAGGUAACACAGGACUUGCUCACGAAGGAAUUUCUAGGAGAUCAAUCCUAGAUACUGCACUGGAAUUUAGACUUGAGGCUCCGGGUGUAGACUGGCGGAAACAGCUUGGCUCGAGUGCCAUUGGUGCCUCAUUUGGCAUUGUUAUGGAAAAUCUUCUUGAUUUGCACAUGUCUUUAAUAAAAGGACAUGUAGAUAUGAGAGUGCAUGAUGAAGUGUAUGUAAAGGUUCACUUGGGAUUUAUAGGCAUCACAAUGGACUUUAUCAUGGCAAGGAUUUGUUUCAAAGGCGGUGCAAAGUACGCCCUCAAUAUAUUAAAGGAACUUGAUCCAAAGCUGGGAUUUGACCUAAUAAAACAGUUCACAAAUAUUGUGAACAAAGUUGUAGGUGCUGUCAAGGAAGGGGUAGAAGCAUUAAAGCGAAUUAUUUCUACCGACUUCUCCUUGAAGGAUAUUGUUGCAGAUUUUGUUAAAUCCGUGACGGAAAUUCCAGAGAAGGUGACACACCUUGCUAGCAAUAUAUACAGGGCAACGAAGAAGCUUGCAACUUUCAAAUUAGACAGUUUGCCGCAAUUUAUAAACCCUGUAAUGAAGUUCAUCAAUGCAGUUGUUAGUCUAUACGAAAAGGUCAAAGAAGAUAUUAUGACAUUUUUCAAUUCAAUAGUUCAGGCCGUUAAAGUGGUGAUCCCAAAAGCAGCAGAGGACGUGUUUAAUACGGUACAAGAUAUAAUUGGGGGAUUCAUGAAUAUUUUCAAAGAUCCCAAAACAUCUCUGUUCAAGAUAGGAGCAGGGGUGAUAAGUAUAUAUACAAAUGUUAACAUUCUGAAAGACACAAAGGAUGAUAUAAUGAAUCAUACAUUCAUAGCUGAAGGUAUUAGCCCGUACUGGAGUGAUCUGACAGAUGAUAUUGAGACACUUCUAGAUUUAUAUCGUGACGCCAUAGAUGCAAUUAAGGGAAAGGGAGAAGACUGGCUUCUUGAAACAGUUGAGCAGGAUCUAGCUGAAAAGGCUACGAAGGGGAAAACGUCUCUUAAAACGAUCAAACAGAAAAUUCUAGCUGAACUUGAAAAUGAAAUUGAAACAUUGAUGACACCUUUAGAUGCACUGAAGAAUAUUGGUGGAGGAUACUUAAAAAACUUUGAAGUUCUAUUCGACAUGUACAAGAACCUAAAGGAAGCUUUUGAAACCUUAAAAAACGGGUAUGAAUUUGCAAGAUCAAUAGUCGACCGUAUAUUUGGACCAAAGUUUCACAAAGACUUUCCCCGUGAAAAAAGAGUCAGUGGCGGUGGCUGCAGCGGAGAUGGCUUUUUUCCUGCUAGACUCGGUAAUGGACAAGUCGAAUAUGAAAAUGAUGGGAUAGAUUUGUUGCAAAGUACAGGCAAACCGGUGAUUGCACCGUUUUCUGGAAGAAUGAUUCGUUCAGGAAGUGAGAACGAAAUUAUUAUUUUUGACAGUGGAGAGCUGCCUUCUGGUUCAGAAGUGAUAAUAACCAACGUUAACCCGGAAGAAGAUAUCAUGCAUCCUGAUGAUCCGGCUUACGAUGAAAAAAGAGUUUCUGCCGGAGUAGUUAUAGGUACAGUUACACGCUCUUCAUGUGGCAGUUACAACCAUAUUCAUCUUUCUAUAAAGAGAGAUGGAGGAUUUGUUGGUCCGAGCAAUUAUUUGCCACAAGGACUUAUUCAAGUGCCGAAAUGGACACAAGAGUGCGAUGACUAUAAAGUUGAGUACAAGGGCAAAACAAUUAAAUCUGGAACCAUAGUUGGUCCAGGGGGGCGAAAUGAAGAUGACACGUCACCGGACGUUCCAGUUGAUGAAUCACAGGCUACCGAAAGUAUGGGUUCAGGAGAAAAACCCGGACAAGAUGUUCAAAACAUUAUAGACAAUCCCGAUGGAAUGUAUAACAGACUUUCUGAACGAAGAGAAAAACGGAAUGUAUUGCAAAAGCUUGCUGCCUCCCUGGAAACGCUUGUCGCCAAUAUAAAAGGAUUUCUGAAGAGAUUUUCUAUACGUCGAGUUAAAAUGGGAGAAAUUAUCCAAUUUCUGGACAAAUUAGAACUUCACGAGACAAAACAAAAGAUGGCUGCAUUGGUGAAAUCGAUUAAAGCUGCAUUAGACCAGGAAUCCUGCGGCAGCCCAUACCAUAUGACAGAUCAGGAAUUACAAACUGCACUUUUGAAUAAAGGAAAACAGGCAGAGAGUGGGAGUAGGGAUGACAUGAUAAAAGAACUUCUGAAAGUAGAACACAGCUGCCCAUUUAUUUCCCUUACAAUGCCUUCAAGCGAAACGCUAUAUUGUACUCUUGAUGAAAAGUGCCUUGGACUUGAGUGUUGCUUAACACUUGAAGUAUUACAUAUGCUGCAGAAGACGUUUAGAGUCUAUGUAAGAUUAGAUACAGAUCCGUUGGCGUUAUCCUUUGGUUUGGAUUCUUGGAGCUAUGUGUUCAACUCGAGUAAACUUGUCGGCGAAAUUGAAGGUAUAUUACAGACAAAAAUAACAAUUGAUUUUCUAGACAACCAGGAAAUAAUGAUCAAGUAUAAAAUUCACGUGUCGAUAAAAGAACUGAAGUUAUCAGUCGGCGUUGGACUUUGUGACACAGAAGGUUUCGAUGAAUGCUUGAUAUUUGUUGAUUUACUGAAAGAUGCCAUAUUUCCGUUUCCGAAAUUACAUCCUAACGGUACAAUAUCAUACGAACUGCCCAAUUUCGCAGACUACGGUGAAGACUUGAAAGAGAAUUUGAUUGAAGUUGGAGAAACAGUCGCAGAGGCAGCUAUUGAUGAAGUUGUUUCCCUGUUUCUACAAACACUUGGCAUUUCAGAAGAUUUGCUACUCAACGGACCCCCUUAUCGUGCACCAGAUACGUUAGAGGUAGAUGAAUUGAUAGAUUACUUAAUAGAUAAACAUUUGCCAACUCAUGGCUCAAUAGAAGAACUGAGGGCGAGAUUCUUGGAAAAUGAAAGAAGUUGUAGCCUAAAUGGAUUAAAUAUCCGUCUUCCAGACAUUACAUUAGACUUUUUACAUUAUGACAUUUCUGACGAUUGUAUGCGUAUUAACGUAUACGCAGAUGUAAGAGUUCCAGGAAUCAAUUACUCCAGAACAUUCUCCGCCUACGUCGAGCUGGACCCAUGUCGUUACGUAAUACGAGCGGCGUUUGAGAAGUGGGAUACCACCGUGAUACUGUUUGAGUAUGACUGGGGCAAAGAAGAGGUGCUUCAGCUUACAGAGGAUAUGUAUGUAACGUUUAACACUGACAAAGAUGAAAUAAAGAAAAUGUUUGUUAUAAACCUUGGUAUUAAAUGUACUGUUGCCAAAAUUGAUGCACAGCUACUGAGAGAAUUUAUGGUACCGAUUCCAAUCUGCAACGGUAACUUUUCUUUACAAGGAAGUCUUAUGGAAGUAGCAGGAGCAUUAGGUGGUCAGAUAAACAGGGAAGUAUUUGAGCUCGUGUUAAAACAACUGGGUAUUGACGGAAUCAUUAAGGAAGGAUCUUGUGAAUUGCCUUCGCCCCCUGCUGACUGUCCUUCAUCUUUGAACAUAUCCAGUAUGAUACCUCCCAGUAUGAAGGAUGUCCUAAAAUGUGAAUUAGCUGACAACUGUUUUGGCAUUACAUGUUGUGUCAGUUUUGGCUUUACAAUACCGUUGUCUUCUACUGAAAUGAAAGUAGCAUUUCCGGUUUGGUUUAAAAUGGAUCCGUGUGAUUUUCAUAUUGACACUGGAAUAGGUGGACAAAGAGCUGAGGCACAGCUUCUGAAAUAUGAAUGGGGACAAGAAUCAACAAUUCCGAUCGGGUCAGGCGAAGAUGCUCCAAUAACGAUAAUCUAUGCAAUUGACAGCGAUGAGGAUGGCUUUAUCUUAGAUCUACGUGUAGACAUAUGUUUACCAGUUGAUGGUGAGCAGUACUGCAUUCCGGAAGAUGGCAUUUUACUUUUAAACAAAGAACAGGUUCCAGCUUGCAACUUAAAUGCAUGGGCAAAUAUAACAGACUUUUCGUUCAAAGAAUGGAUAGAGUCGAAAGGAGAAAAUGUGGGAGAGCAACUUUCAAGUGCAGGAAGAGAUGCCCUCCUAGAUCUUCUUGGUUUAAAUGACCUACUGCUUUCACCACCGUGUGAUCGGAAAAGGAGUCCAUACAGUCCUUCAGUGAUGGGUUGGAACACCUUGUGCCCGCUACGUUUUGUGAAUCGUCCAGCCUUGCCAAGCAUCGUGUCGUGCAGUGUACCUGAUUACUGCACUGGGAUCAACUGCUGUAUUGAUAUAGACGACAUCGGCCUUUCUUUGAAAGCUUACAUUAACGUCAAUAUGUGCAAUUACUUUAUUUCCGGUGGAAUAGAAACACAGACAUUCAAUUUUUCAUUAUUCAACUACGAAUGGGGUAAGACAGAAACAGUAUCAAUCAAAGACUUCUUUCGUUUAAGGUAUUCGAUAAAGAAACCAAUCGAUGAAAAGGUUUUCAUCAUUACUCUUCAAGUAGGAGUUUGCCUUGAAAAAGAUGGCAGUUGUAUGUUUGAUGAGAAGUUGUUCGAUGGUACAAGGGUUCCCCAACUUGGCUGUGACACGUCUUUCAAUUUUUCAAACUUUUCUGUAACGUCAUUGCUUGAGAACAACGGUUUAGGAAAUCUCAGUACGUCAGACGAUUUAUGGGGAGAUGCUGUAAAGUUUCUAUCAGAGAUUAUUGGUCUUGACAAGUUCUUUCUGGACGAACAAUGUGAUGUACAUAAAGAUCCGUAUAAGAAUGCAGCAAUGGGUUGGAAUAAUGAGUGUCUGGAAACCACUGUGGAUCUUCCAGAUUUACCAGAAUCUACCGUCUGUCAUAUCACUGCUUCAUGCACAGCGGUUGACUGCUGUAUUACUGUUGACUAUCUGAGACGUUCUUUGCAAGCGUCCUUUGCUAUCGACUUCUGCAAUUUUACAGUUCAUGGGAACUUGGAAACGUUGACAUUUAGCUUUGAUAUUAUUGACUUUCAAUGGGGUACUUUUGUUCCUUAUGUGUGA